AUGGAAAUGACAGAGAAGAUCAUUUCCCCAUCGACUCUCGAAGUAAAGGAUUGGAACAUCAUAAUGAAGAACUGCAACGUCAUGCAUGGCUGGUACACCGAUCCUCAGACUCAUCAGAUCAAAAUGGCCCCAAAACCCGCUUUUAUCUUGAGGAAGGGACUCAACAAUUCCCAGACAACUGACGGCGGUGCCAUCCCGAACUAUUGCGUCAACGACGGCAGCAAAAUCGAUGUGAUUGACGUUGAAGAAGGUGUAAGAGAGUCCAUGGUGCAAAACAGCUUCGCCAAAUCGUCAGUUGAUGCGAAAUUGAACGGCGGCUAUUCCAAAGUGAGCAUUGGCAUGAGUGCAAACACUCUCCUGCAGAUGCAGAAAGGACAAGAGAAGGGGAAGACGAAGUCAAAUAAGACUUUAGUUGGACAGUACAAGACGACCUUGAGCCGACUCCUCAACUUAUGA